AUGGCUGAAGUUGCAACCGAACUUACAUCCAAUGUUAUGAAUAAAGCAUUUCCGUUGUUUAUCCAAGAUCAAGUCCUUGCAAUAACAAAAGCUAAGUAUUUGGCUGCCUAGGCUUAAGCUGCUGAAAAAACUGUCCCCCAAAAAGAUGAUAAGAAAGAUACCAAAAAAGGAACAAACGAGAUUGCAGCAGCUGCGCCGAAUGUUGAACCUGAAAAGCUUGCUCCUGAGAAAGAGUAUCCCAAGAAUUUUGAUUUGGUUUUCAUUGUUCAAGGUUUUCCCCAAGUACCUCAAGAAUAGAUAGAAUUAAUUAUACAUGUUAAGGAGGGAGUGAUCAAUUGGAGUGGGGUGGAAAUAACUGAAAUUGAGCAGCCUGAAGAGUUCCAAGAUGAUUUCGAAGGAAAAAUGGGGUUUGUUCCUUAAUUACAUGAUCAAUAAUUAGUUUUUGAUAGAGAACAUUAGAUAUUUGAUAAUCUUUGUUAUCCAGGAAUACCAGAGAAAUCAGAGAAAAUGAGAAAAGCUAUUAAGGGCCAAGUUGCAUACAUUUGUUAAUGUUUAUGUCAAUGA